AUGUCACAACUUUCCGUUCAACGACAGGACAAAAUUUCCAGUAACAAUGCAACUAAAAGAAACAAUAGGAAGAGGAAACAUCAAAGUUAUAGAGUCAAAACAAGAGAAGAGAGGAAGCCCAUGAGCAAAGAAUUCCAAAAGCUUGAGUCGCUGAAGUCAUCAGUGAAGAAAAGGAGGUUCAAAAAGAAGGAAUGUAAAUUUCCAAACGUAGCAGCCAAAAUCGACUGGAUCAAUCAUGAUCCACAUACAUUACGAUAUAAACACUUUGGUGGUAAAAUGAACCAUAUUGAGUUCACGGAAAUGACUAAAGAAAGACAUCGUCGCAAACAGGAAAACAAGUUAAGGGAGCAAAGGAUUCACCGGCAAGUUCACCAGAUUCGUAUUCAUUGGGAGCGACAAACUCAACUUCAGGCUCAAAAACAGAUCCUCGAGUUCUUUGUGAUGGCUGUCGAUAUAUUGAUUGAAACAAUUCAGGGCUAUUGCCGCUUGCUUGGACGGGAGGCAUUAUUGGCAUCAGACAAUCAGCAAUAUCUACACGAUCAGUUGUGGACUUUUUUGGAUGGGCAAUUGGAUCUUCAUCCUAGAGUUCUUGAGUAUCUCAACGAGUUCUACUUUCUCAGGGUCUGGGAAAAAGUAGAAAACAAGUACAUGUUCGAAUUUGUUCACACCAAUAGACUAAUAUAG